AUGCUCUCUUUUGUGAACGAUUGCUAUCAAGUACUUUGUUUUGUGGAUUUGAAGAGAUUUAUCCAUAGUAUGCAUACUACUACAUGCUUAGAUGUAGCUGUGUGAUACUCUUACACUGCAAACAAGGCGUUUACUUGAGAAGCCAAAUUGUGAUCAGCUGAGUUUGAAACGCCUCAGAGGACUCAGAAGAAGGAAAGAUGACUCUUGCAGCAUACAGAGAGAAGAUGAAGGAGCUCCCUCUAGUGUCGUUCUUCUGCUCCUGCAUCCUACCAGAGCCUCGGGAAAAGCCCACCAAGAAAACACAAGAUGUUGUGGACCUCAACCUGUGCAUCAUUAAAGAUAUGGAGGUGAUCGAGCUAAACAAGCGGUCAUCGGGCCAGGCCUUUGAGGUCAUCCUCAGACCGCCGUCUUUUGAUGGUCAGAGGGAAUUUCAUCCCACUUUCCCACCUCGCAGGGACCCUUCGCUGGAAGAGAUCCAGAAGAAACUGGAUGCUGCUGAGGAGAGAAGAAAGUGUCAGGAAGCUGAACUUCUGAAGCACUUGGCUGAGAAGAGAGAACAUGAACGAGAAGUGGCCCAGAAAGCCAUAGAGGAACACAACAACUUCAUCAAGAUGGCCAAAGAAAAACUGGAGCAAAGAAUGGAGAUUAACAAAGAGAACAGGGAGGCCCACAUCGCUGCCAUGCUGGAACGUCUUCAGGAGAAGGACAAGCAUGCUGAGGAGGUGAGGAAAAACAAGGAACACAUGGAACUGGACUGGCAGUAGAAUCAAGAGCAAUUCUUGUCCAAAUUUUUCAAAAGCAAACAAUAAAAUAAGGCCUAGCAGGUCCUAGUCAUGCGAAGAAAGGCUGUGCUUUGGAAUUGGCAACGAUUUGAAGGCCUAUCUUGCGAUAUUUGCAGCGAAAGAUACUAUAUUCUUGUGUUUGCUGCAGUACAAAACGCAGUGUAUUGUGGAUGUGGAAUUGGGCAUCAUUUGGAAAAUGACAAAAAGUUGUUUUGUUGAUUUGUUAGCCGCCAAACUAUGUAAAAUGCAUGCAUCAUCUGUUUCUUUAGUAAUAGCUUAGCAUGAACUGAUAGGAUAAAGAUAAUGAACAACGAGGCAGAUGGAAACUACAGAGUAACCAAGAUGUGUAUUUGUGUUGUUCUGCUGUGAAUUAGCUGUUUGUAACAUUAUUUGUGUAUUCAAAGAGGUGUUGUGUACUUAGUACUGUAGUUCUGCUUUGUAUUUAUGUGUCUUAGUAGAAGAAUCACAAAAAAAAACAGUAGAAUAUUUGUUAGUUACCUGACAACAUAUAGUGUAUUAAAUGUGGCCAAAAUCAACGUUUUAAUGUGUUUGCAUGCUGUGAAUCUCUUGAUAAAACUUGUGAAAAGCCA